CACUAAUCAAAGUCUCAACAACCUUUUACGAUUUUUGAUCAUGGCUCAGAUGAUUCGAAUGAAGAUCCAGUCUGAGCUGAGUUUCCCCAAGUUUAUCGGCCGCUCUUUGCGGAGAUUAACGACACAACAGCUGGUUAAGGCCUUCGCCGUGAAAAUGCGCCGAUUCAGGAGACUCAGUAAUCCUAAAUCUAUGUUGAAGAAGAAGCAAAGAGAUGAUGAAGCUGUCUCUUUCACUUGCUUUACUCAUGUUGCUUCAAGUUUCCACGGUGGUCUUUGCCCAACCCAGGUUUUCGAGCGAGACUGACAUGAGAGCUUUACUCGAGUUAAAAUCCCAAGCUGCUGAGAACAAUACCGAGGUCUUAUCCUCAUGGAACAACUCCACUCCUCUUUGCAACUGGAUCGGUGUCACAUGCGGUGGUCGGAAGCAAGAAAGAGUUACGAGUCUAGACCUCGGAGGAUUCAAGCUAGCCGGUGUGAUCUCACCUUCCAUCGGUAACCUCUCGUUUCUCAGAUCACUUAACCUCGCAGAAAACUCUUUCACAAGUACCAUCCCUCCAGAGGUGGGGAUGCUGUUUAGGCUUCGGUACUUGAACAUGAGCUUUAAUCUUCUCCAAGGAAAGAUCCCACACAGUCUCUCUAACUGCUCCACACUCUCCACCCUUGAUUUAUCUUCAAACCAGAUUGCACACGAAGUUCCUUCAGAGCUAGGUUCGCUUUCUAAGCUGACUAUUCUGUAUCUUAACAGCAACAACCUCACCGGAAAGUUCCCUUCGUCCUUAGGAAACUUGACCUCGCUCCGGAAGCUUGACUUCGCAAAUAACUAUAUGGUAGGAGAGAUACCAGACGAUGUUGCUAGAUUGAGACAAAUGGUGUUCUUCCAGAUAUCGCAGAACGGUUUCUCAGGUGCUUUCCCUCCUCCGUUGUACAACCUCUCCUCGCUGGAGACUCUGUCCCUAACCGGCAACAGCUUUUCAGGUGAACUCAGAGCUGAGUUUGGCGAUCUUCUACCGAACCUAAGAACGGUGGUUAUGGGAAACAAUCAUUUCACAGGAGCUAUCCCGUUAACACUUGCCAAUAUCUCAAGCCUUGGAAGGUUUGAUAUCUCAACUAACAACCUCACAGGAAGCAUCCCUUUGAGCUUUGGGAAUCUACCUAACCUGUGGUGGUUAGGGAUUGCUCAAAACGCUCUGGGAAACAACAACUCGUUUACUGAUCUUGAGUUUAUUACUGCUUUGGGUAACUGCACUGAGCUAGAGUUCUUGGACGCUAGUUACAACAGACUUGGAGGUGAGCUUCCUGCCUCAACAGCCAAUCUCUCCACCACGUUGACUAGUCUAUACUUGGGAGGAAACCAAAUCUCUGGAACCAUUCCACGUGACAUCGGGAAUCUCGUGAACCUGCAAAUACUCAGUUUGGAAGAAAACAUGCUGACAGGAGAGCUUCCUGUCUCUUUCGGGAAGCUUUUGGAACUGCAGGUGAUUGAUCUGUAUGCAAACUCAUUAUCCGGGGAGUUACCAUCUUACUUUGAUAAAAUGACUCAGUUGCAGAAGAUUCAUUUGAACAGCAAUAGUUUCCAAGGGAGAAUCCCCAAGAGUAUUGGAGGUUGUACAAACUUGUUUGACUUAUGGAUUGAUACUAAUAAUCUGAACGGGAGUAUACCUCCAGAGAUACUGCGGAUUCCAUCUCUUGCUUACUUAGAUCUGUCAAGCAAUUUCUUGACAGGUUCUUUACCUGAAGAAGUUGGAAAGCUGGAGCUUCUCGUUGGACUAAGUGCUAGCGACAACAAGUUAUCAGGACGCAUUCCGCAAACUCUAGGUGGUUGUCUCUCCUUGGAGUUUCUCUACCUGCAAGGAAACUCGUUUGAAGGAGGGGUUCCGGAUAUAAGUCGGUUGGUCAGUUUAUCAAAUGUUGACUUGUCCAGAAACAAUCUCUCUGGCCGCAUACCUCGGUAUCUCGCCAGGCUACCUCUGCUGCAGAAUCUGAAUCUUUCGAUGAACGAGUUCGAGGGGAGUGUGCCUACAACAGGAGUGUUUCGAAACGCUACGGAAGUUUCUGUUUUUGGUAACAAAAAUCUCUGCGGAGGGGUCAGAGAAAUGCAACUAAAGCCGUGUACUGUGAAAGCAUCACCAAGGCCGAGAAAGCCUCUUUCAACUCGAAAGAAGGUUGCAAGUGGUGUUGGUAUAGGCAUGGCCUCACUUCUGUUAAUCAUAAUCGUGGCUUCUCUGUGUUGGUGGUUCAAGAAGAGGAGGGACAAGAAGAAGAAGAACAAUGCAAGUAGUACUAACCUAUCUUAUUCCACUAGUGUGGGAAAGUUCUAUGAGAAGUUAAGCUAUAAAGAGCUUCAUGAAGCAACCGGUGGCUUCUCUUCAAGCAAUCUGAUUGGUUCAGGCAACUUCGGUGACGUGUACAAAGGAGUGCUUGGCCAUGAUGAUAACAACAAACUCGUCGCUGUUAAAGUCUUGAACCUCUUGAAGCAUGGAGCAACCAAAAGCUUUAUGGCGGAGUGUGAAACUUUCAAAGGUAUAAGGCAUCGUAACCUUGUGAAACUGCUAACGGUCUGUUCAAGCCUCGAUUCCCAAGGAAACGAGUUCAGAGCUCUGGUCUAUGAGUUCAUGCCGAAAGGAAGUCUGGAUACGUGGCUGCUGCAGCAGCCAGAAGAAGAUCAUCACUCGAGGGCUUUAACAGUUCCAGAGAAACUUAACGUAGCGAUAGAUGUUGGUUCCGCUUUGGAGUAUCUGCAUGUUCACUGUCAUGAGGCGAUAGCUCACUGUGAUCUUAAGCCAAGCAACGUUCUUCUUGACGAUGAGCUUACAGCUCAUGUUGGUGACUUUGGUUUGGCUAGGCUUCUCUAUAAAUUCGAUCGAGAAUCCUUCUUAAGUCAGUUUAGUUCCGCUGGUGUUAGAGGCACCGUUGGCUAUGCCCCACCAGAGUAUGGAAUGGGAGGCCAACCAUCAGUAAAAGGAGAUGUGUACAGCUUUGGGAUUCUACUUUUGGAGAUGUUCACUGGAAAGAAACCGACAGACGAAUCGUUUGCAGGGGACUAUAACCUCCACAGCUACGCAGAGUCGGUGUUGUUGUCAGGAGGUGAGGAGGAGGGUGGAGGAGGCAGCAGCAAUGCGGUUGUUGAUGAGUGGUUGAGACUGGUUCUUCAGGUGGGCGUAAGGUGUUCUGAGGAGUAUCAAAGGGAUAGGAUGAAAAUGGAUGAAGCGCUACGUGAAUUAAUCUCAGUCAGAUCUAAGUUCUUCAGUACCAAGACGGAUGCUGCAGAAGAGCUAAGUCCCAGGGAUGCUGCUGUGCAAAGUUCUCCUCAGGAAUGGAUGUUAAGCGCUGACACGCAUACAAUGUAGACCAAGAAAAAAAAAUGACAUCACAGAUUCACAAUCACCUUCUCAACUACUUCUGCUCUUCAUUAGCCCACUCACCUUCUCCUGUUUUCGUUUCCUUUUUUUUGUAGUUUUUGAGCAUUUUCUUAAAUAAGGUCUUCUUACAUGCCGUUACAACACAACAAAGUUCUAGUAAUGUAUGUGAUUGUACCUUGGUUAGUUGCUCAAUUAUGGUUUUUUAAAAUUCAAUUCCUUAUCAAAA